CUCGACAUCACCACCAUCACCACCACUACCAUCACCACCACCAUCAUCACCACCAUCACCUACCACCACUACCAUCACCACCCCUAAUCACCACCCCAUCACCACCAUCACCACCAUCAACAUAAUCAACAUCAUCACCACCACUGCCAUCACCACCAUCAUCACCACCAUCAACAUUAUCAACUACAUCACCACCAUCAACAUCACCACCAUCAACAUCACCAAUAUUACCACCAUCAACACCAUCACCACUACCAACACCACCAUCAACACAUUAACUACUAUCAACAUCAACACCAUCAACAUCAACUCCAUCACCACCAUCAAGAUCAUCAAGAGCAUUAACAAGAUAAUUAACAUCACUAACAUUAACAUUACCAUCAAUAAUACUACCACUAUCAUUAGCACCACCACCACCAUCAUCAAUAUCAUCAACAACAACAUCACCAUCAUCACUAUCAUCAUCAGUAUCAUCGUUCACAUUAACGCCAGCAACAUCAACAACAUUACCAUCAACAUCACAAAUAUUGACGCCAUCAUCACCAUCGUCAACAUCACCAACAUCGCUUGUUACGAAAACGACCAUCUCCUCCACCACUCCCAUCUCCACCAUCACGACCAACGUUGUGGAUUACGUGACGUGGAGCUUACGACACAAGCAGACAUGAGGCGGUGUGCGUCCCUGUGAUUGACUUGGGACUCUGUGGGGCUAAGGGUGGGGGUCACGGCCCCCACCCUCUCCUCAUCCCCUUCGGCCCUCCCCCACUCAUGGGACCCUACGGGGCGUUCGUGGUGUCCGCUGGGUUUCCCUCAGCACAACACGCAAGGCUGAAGCGACGACCCCUGCCCUUCGACUACGAGAUCGGAGAAACCGGCUCCCCACAGAAGCUUGUGCGCCGGAUCUUCACGAACAGCCGCGAGCGCUGGCGCCAGCAGAACGUGAAUGGGGCCUUCUCCGAGCUCCGUCGCCUGCUGCCCACACACCCCCCCGACCGCAAGCUCAGCAAGAAUGAGAUCCUGCGACUGGCCAUGCGCUACAUUGACUUCCUCGUCGCCUUGUUGCGUGACCAGUCCACCACCGGCUCGACCUCAUCCGCCACCACCUCAUCCACCUCCUCAUCCACCUCCUCAUCCAUCUCCUCAACAACCUCCUCCUCCUCUUCAUCGUCCACCAUCAAUGCGGUAGCGGCAGCGGCCGCGCUCGUGGCAUCGUCCACCACCUCGUGGAGGGGUGACGUCGCAGGAGGAGGAGGCGGAGGAGGUGGAGGAGGUCGCGCUGGGGAUAUGACCGUGGGCACUGGGUCACCAUGACCUUCGAGGUGGUGGAGGAGGAGUUGGUAGAGUUGGCGGUGGAGGAGGUGGUGGAGAAGGUGGUAGAAUUUGUGAUGGAAGAGGUGGAGGAGGUGGUGCCUGGGCAUUUUGUGUCAUCAAACACUCCACCCCUCAACUCCCAAUUGGUGAUGGAGCAGUUGUGGAGAGAAUGGAGAGGUUUCCAUACCUGGGCAAUGUGUUUAUGACCAGCUCCCGUGCAACAGAAGAGGUCUCACUCCGAAUCUGUUAGGCGGAAUUACCUUUUCAUCGGCUGUGUAACACUGUGUGGAAGCUUCCUAGUCUGUUGUUCCACAUGAAGUGUUGGGUCUUCUCGUUCACGGUCAUGCCCUCCCUUAUCCAUGCUUCUGUAAUGUGGACCUCUAUAAUGGAACAUCUGCACUGGUUAGAAACAUUAAGGCUGGUCUGCCUAUGAUCCAUCCUGGGGUUAACCAGACUGGAUUGUGGGAGGAGUUCACAAAUCUUUGACAGGUCUGGACUAAGUCCCAUCAGUGAGCUCCUCUGGCAGGCUGCGUUGGCUGGGUCAUGUAGUCCACAUGCCCAGCCACUGCUUGCCUAAACAGUUUUUGUUCGGCUGGAUAGAGGGGGCUAAAUGGAAGUGGCAUGGGCUAGAGAAGAGAUAGAAUGAUGUGUUAUGAGAAGAUGUGGAGCUGGGUGUACUUGCCAAUAACUUGCACCAGCAGUGGAGCGACGGUCACAAUAACAAGUGGAGUACCGGGUGGAUAAAACACAGCAAGUUGGCACAGUAGGGGGCACAGGUGGUGCAUCGGCCAGUCAUUUCAGUCAGUCAACCCAUGGUACUUGCUGGGUCUCGUCCCACGACCUCCUGCCAGUGGGCCUGCGACACUUCACGUGUGUUUAAAGCACACUUAGUCUGGCACAAGCGCAGUGGUCUCAUCACUGCCACUUAGUGGCGAAUGGCAGUUG